AUGGAUGUAGGGGUCAAGGGUGGCGCCGAGCCUCGGGAAGCAGACUUGGGAGACAGGGUUGGGGGAGGUUCCGUUGCCGCAGGAACAGAAAACGCUAGGAUAGGCAACGGGGCCAGCGGAGGCAGAGAGGGGGGGAAGGAAGUAGAGAUGAAAGACGCAGAUGAGGGGGCUGCUGAGCAAACGGGGGAACAAGCGAAAGAAAGAGCAGGGGAAACGGCUCGUGGGGAAGCUGGGGCAGGUGUGAGUGGGGCGAACCGGCAAGGGGAGGAGGGUCAGGUGGAGGGCCAGGGUGCUUUGGAUCUGGAGAAGAAGCUUCAGGAGUUUCUGCAGGGGUUGGAGAGUGCGGGGUACUAUGCAGGGACGGUGGUGGGUAGUGAGGAUUAUGUGCUCUCCCUUGGCUCACCCACUCACUGCACAUCGCCCUCAUCCCCAUCCUGCCCUGCAGGCAAUGCGGCCAUGGCAGCCCAUGAGUAUGAGGAGGCGCUAUCACUCUACUCCAAAGCGAUCGCUCUCUGUGGUGGCACCAACGCCAUUUACUAUGCCAACAGGGCCGCGGCACAGCACCAGUUGGGAAACUACAUGGAAGCUGCAGCGGACAGCAGGAGGGCGGUGGCGGUAGACCCGAGGUACAGCAAGGCGUACAGCCGGCUGGGGCAUGCGUUCAUGGCACUGGGUCGGCACCACGAGGCGAUUGAAGAGGGCUUCAAGAAAGCUUUAGAGCUAGAUCCUUCCAAUGCAGCGCACAAGGAGAAUCUAAAGCCAAGAGGAGGCUUCUUCAUCCGUCUUUUUUCCUGCAUCUUCCUCUACGUCUCUGCGAUUGCAGGCAGCCAAGCGAAAGCUUGA